GUGAUUCCGCGGGAACAGUCGGCCAUUGCUGGUACCGCAGUAUCCAAGAUGCAAAAGGUCAUUCGAAGGACCGCCCUGGCGCGGAACCAGGCCCAGCGGAAAGUCAUUCGAGCGACCAAAGCUGCUCAGCGCGAGGACCUCAAGGAUACUCUGAGGCAGCGGUUUGCCUAUAACCGCCUGGAGAUCGAUAACCUCCGCGCGGAGAGACAGCGUCGCCGCGAAGACUGGCUGCGUGGACCCCUGGCGCCUCAGCGUGAUGCCGGUCUUGAAGGAAGGCAUUUUGGUGCUCUGAGCCCACAAGCAAUGAACCCUCCAUCCGUCCCCGAGCAUCUGCGGAGGAAGUACAUCAACAUUGCCCCCGGUGACCGGGUAUGCAUUAUGAAGGGAAAAGACAAGGGCAAGAUCAACGAAGUGACUCGGGUGGAUGCAUCCACCGAAACUGUUGUGGUCAAGGAUCUCAACAUGGCCGAUGUGCAUUUCCCCGACUGGCUGAACGAACAGUAUGGAAACUCGACUCCCUUCCAGUCAGUCAGCAUCCCUAUAUCCAUUGAUGAUGUCCGCCUCGUCGUCGCUCUUGAUGAUCCGAACACUGGCUCAACGCGAGAUGUCUUGGUCGAACAUGUUCGUGGAGGGGGACCCUUCCUCGAACGGGAAUACGGUACCGACACGCCCCGACACACCAGAUAUAUUGCCGGCGAAGAUAUUGAGAUCCCAUGGCCCCGGAGUGACCCCGCAGAAUUGAAGGAUCAGGAAUGGGAUUCGCUUCGCAUGGAAGUCGAGACGCCGACCUGGAUGCCGUCGCUGCAUUAUGCCCCAUUCCCUCCCAGCGUCCUGGACGAGCUCCGCAAUAAAUUCUCGAAGUACCGAACGAGACACGACGCCGAGUGGGUGGAAGCCAAGAAGAUGGAAGACUACAGGAGGGAAUAUCUUCAAAGCCGGUCUUUGUUGACACCCAAGGGCGAAUUCUUGGAGAUGCUGAAGGCCAAGCGGCACGAGCGCCUGAACGCACAAAAGGAUGCUGAUGGAAACUUCAUCCUGGACGAUCAGACGGUCGGAUUCAUUGAGAACUUCAUGAAGCAGAAAGCAACCAAGAAAGCCUAAUUGCUUGCUGGAAUUUCAUUUGGUGUCCGAAAUGGGCGAGUGUACCUGGGUCUUUGCUGUUUCUUUUCCGAGUUCUUUAAAUGGGUGUACACAAUUAUACUACUGUAGAAUAUGAAUGUAUAAGAUCAAUUUGCUGCUG